AUGGGAUUUAUUUCCACGUGCUUCACAGCUUAUGUUGGGUGGUCUGCAAAGGCCCCACUUCCUUCGAUGGCGACAGAUGCUUACAUGCAGUGGUAUGAUGCGUACUCCCAUCGUUUCAUCAUUAACCCGACUGAGUUGCCAGAUGGUGGAGCCGGAUCAAAUUAUGUUGAGGGUUUGGUUCCAGAUCAGGUAUUAGCUUCGAUCUUCGGUAUGAUGGACCCGUUUAUUGAACGGGACACCAGUGAUCUGCCCGAUGAUAUUCGAGCAUUAUUUGAUGGACUGUUUGGAUGGUAUGAGGCAUGGAACCGUACCCGUGGUGUGGAUCGACGUCGGAGAACGUAGUCAUAUUUUGUAUUUUUAUUUGAACUAAUUAUCGAUUUAAUGAGAUUUGUAUUUUUAUUUGAACUUAUUGUUUUAAGUGAUUAUUUUUUUAUAUGUAUUUUAACAAUGAUUAGUAAUCUUAUUGUAUGAGGUUGACGUCUUUUAUUCUAAAUCUAUUUUGACCUCUACUGUAUUUUUUUUUUAUAUAUAUUGUUUCUAUCCAUUUGAAUGUAAUUUCAUGACUUUAUGAUAUUUCAUGUAACUACUUAGUGCUUCAUUUGCAUCUUAUAUCAAUAUAAUUAUCUAUUAUUUGUACAAUUUUUAUAUACUAACAUGACUUUUAAAAUAAUAUUGUUUAAUUAUAACUGUGUAUA